GGGUGGGAACCUGCCUGGAACGACUUUCCCUUGCCUCGUAACCGUCCGGGGUGUGCCAUCGCACCGCUCUGGGAGCACGGGCAGCGGGCGGCUUCCGAGGUGCAGUCCCGAUUGUUAGUUCCCGUGCAGCCUCGAGUACCUCGCCUUAAAAGUGGGCUCUGUUUUUUCCAACUGCGAAAUGGAGGGCGUUUCUGUGUAGCACUUGAUUAGCUACUAUGAGCUUGCUAUACAGCGAUAACAGUUGUGGAGCCCGAGACUUGGAAAGCGGCUGCUGGGCAGCCAUGGCCAGUGCCUGCAGCGUUGGAGUGAAAGACGACAGCGUAAGCGUCAGCAGUGGGACUGGAAACCCUCCAAGUUCUUUCACAGAAGAAACACAAGGAUAUGACGUAGAGUUUGAUCCGCCCUUGGAAAGUAAAUAUGAAUGUCCAAUCUGUUUGAUGGCUCUUCGGGAAGCAGUGCAGACUCCAUGUGGACACCGUUUCUGCAAAGGCUGCAUUGUCAAAUCAAUAAGAGAUGCAGGUCACAAAUGUCCAGUAGACAAUGAAAUUCUGCUUGAAAAUCAACUUUUUCCUGACAACUUUGCUAAACGGGAAAUCCUUUCAUUAAUGGUUAAGUGUCCCAACAAGGGCUGCAGUAUGAAGAUGGAGCUGAGGCAUUUAGAGGACCACCAGUCGCAGUGUGAUUUUUCCACUGUGGAAUGCCCACAAUGCCAAGGAGCCUUCCAGAAGAACCAUCUGAAAGAGCACAUGACACAGGAGUGUCCGAGGCGUCAAGUCUGUUGUCCAAACUGUGCCACAUCUAUGGCCUAUGAAGAUAAAGAGCUUCACGACCAAACCUGCCCACUUGCCAAUGUAUUUUGUGAAUAUUGCAACACAGUGCUCAUCAGAGAGCAGAUGCCUAACCAUUAUGACAAUGAUUGUCCUACCGCCCCAGUGCCGUGUUUUUACAGUGCCUUUGGGUGUCCUGAAAAGAUGCAAAGGAAUGAAUUGGCACGACAUAUGCAGGAGUUCACUCAGGUUCACAUGAGAAUGAUGGCUCAGAGUUUUCAAAAUAUCAGUGUUACUGCUACAAAUCCUGUACCCUUCAUCAAUGGCCUACCCUUUGAGCCUUCCCUCUUCUCACCCGUGCCACAUGCCCCAUAUGAUUGUAAUCCAGAAGUUGAAAACUUCAGAGAAACUAUUCAACAGUUGGAAGGUCGUCUGGUAAGACAAGAUCACCAAAUCAGAGAACUCAUUGCUAAAAUGGAGACUCAGAACACUCAUGUGGCAGAACUCAAACGUACUAUCCGAAAUUUGGAGGGAAAGAUUACUGAAAUGGAGGCACAGCAAUGUAAUGGUAUUUAUAUCUGGAAGAUUGAGAACUUCAGUGGACUUCAGAAAGCCCAGGAAGAAGAGAGACCUGUUGUGAUGCACAGUCCUGGUUUCUAUACUGGAAAGCCUGGCUACAAGCUGUGCUUGCGCCUGCAUAUCCAAUUACCAAAUGCUCAACGUUGUGCUAAUUUUAUAUCUCUGUUUGUCCACACUAUGCAAGGAGAAUAUGACAGCCAUCUGCCUUGGCCUUUCCAAGGCGUUAUACGACUUUCUAUUUUGGAUCAAUCAGAAGGCCCUGAAAGGCAGAAUCAUGAAGAAGUAAUGGAAGCCAAGCCAGAGUUACUAGCCUUCCAGAGACCAACAGUUCACCGCAAUCCAAAGGGUUUUGGUUAUGUGACUUUCAUGCACCUGCAAACCUUGAAACAAAGAACCUUCGUAAAGGAUGAUACCCUUCUGGUGCGCUGUGAAGUUCUAACGCGUCUGGAUUUAAACAGUCUCCGCAGAGAAGGAUUUCAAGCUCGCAGUACUGAUGGAGCCAUGUAGCCUGUAAGUCUUAACCAGAGGAAUGAAGCCACUAGUCAUGUUCUUCCACUGCAUAUUACAGGCGUGCUUCAUCACCCCUAUAGGCUGCAUUUGUAAAAGAUCAUAGUUGCCAGCAUAGUUGAUCUUCACCUGAAUAGAACUUCAUUGUUACUUUUUUUUUCUGUAUGAGGUCAUGUGUUCAAAUAUUUGGUAUUGUUCUCCAUUAAAGUAAUAAGCUACUUCUGUAGCAAGCUAGCUAAGUGAAGUGUUGUUAAUCGAAACUUAACUGCCUACAGGAAAAUCCUAUUGAAGUACUUGUACUUUGGUAAAACUUAAGUCAAAUCAGAGAAGACCAGUAAAUCUUUUUGCCUCAGUGCCUUGGAAUACAUACUGUAGCAGGGAAAUAGCUAAAUUAAUAAAGAUGAAGGUUGGUUGGUUUGUUUUUCACAGAACUUGGGAAAGUUGAGACAGUUUCUAUAUUGACUUAUCUAGAAUUUUGAAUUGGCUGUGUUUCUCUUGAAAUCUGAAGUCAGGUUAAGACUUUGCUCACAUCACCUAGGGUUGAGGUAUGCUUUGAUCCUUCCGUCCUGCGGAGUUAGCUUCAGGAAGUUACAUGUCGAUGUAGAGUUGAUACUAGUAUUUCUGAAAGACAUGUGGUAGUGUUGUGGAGAAGGCUAAAUGACUCUGAGCUGAGUUCACUGAAGAAAUAUUUGUAAUGUGGUCUGAAAGUGCCCCCCUAAUUCUUUUUUAUAAGUGUGUGCUCUGGGCCCAGAAUGUCAAUGACUGUCACCAGAAAGAUGAAAGUGUAGCAUUUGAAUGAGAUACCUUUGUGCUGGUGGGUUCUCCUAGUGCUGGACACUUUUCAGGUUGUGAGUGGAUACAUGAGCAAAGGUAUGUACUAACUAGAUAGGGUGAUGCAGAAUUUGUUUUACUGUUGUUGAAUACUGAUUUGUACCAAAGCUGAACUUAUGACCUGCAUCUGUUCAAGUGGUCUCUUGGUGACGUAUGACCCCUGUCGUCUCCUGUGAAUGCUCUGUGGACAGCUGGCCAUAUGAACAUCCAGCUGUCGUGGGUAUUUCCUGUCCCAUUAGUCAAUAGGAGCUGGGCCACCCUCAGCACUUUGGAAGGGAAGAAAAGCCUAUGAAUUAGCAUGAGAAAAAACUGCAAUCCAGAAAAUCUGGCUUCUGUAGUUACUCAUUUAGCAAACACUAGAUUCAACGUCAAGAAUUCAUGAGCGUCCUGAUGUUGCAUGUGUUAGCGUUUUCUGUCCUGAUUGUUUGUAUACCAUAUAGGUGUUAGUUUUGACCAGUCAAAGCUGAGUAGUUCAAGUUCACUGGUGCUAAAAAUUUUAACAUCACGGUGCUGAUAAAGUUCUGAAUCUUGUCUUUAGAGGAGGGAAGAAAAAAGUUUUGUUCACCCGGUAACUUGAGUACAGAGUCUAAUAGCGAAGAAAGAACUAAGCCAUACAUAAGCAUGUGUAUAUUACUUCUCCAAGCUAGUGAAACAACCUAAAGACUUGAGACACUGCAACUUAAAAGAUUCUGAAGUGUAUUCCAACUAUUUGGCCUCAUCAAAGCAAUCCCAUGGGGAUCAUCAGUGGGGAAAGUGCAUAUGCUUAAUAUAGACGAGGCUAACAGAAGACUACUAUAUAGUGUAUUGAUUUGGGAGGAUACUCUGCCUGCCUGCAUGAGAUUAAAAGUUCCAGGACCCAACCUACCACUUUGUUCAUCAUAUCCAAAUGAGUAAAGUUUAUUUUGCAGAUAGAGCCUAUUAGUUGAAGAGGGAUUGUAUUCAAUGGAGUAUUGUCACUACUGAGACAUGAACUUCCUGGCUAAUGGUAAAAGGAGUCGGUCAUUGACUGACUUAGUGUAUUCUGUGUGUUUAGAGGACAGGUGAGCAUAUAUUACUCAAAAUAGGAAAAGAUCCAUGCUUUAAAACUGUCUUUUUAAACCUCUUAAGUAGUUUUUGUACCAAAUAGCCUCAUCCUAUUAGACAAAUUGUUUCGGAGUGUCUUCAGUUAGAGCAUUCCUAGUAGCUAAACCAUUCUUAACCAAAAGCUUUUAAUAUAUGUGGCAGUGCCCAGAUCCUUUAUAUACAGAAGGCACUGUCUGUUAGUUA